GCUUCGGGAGCGGUGGGUGGGGUGGGGUAGGGCGGGCGGCGGCGGGCGCCGCCGGGGCGAGUGGUGCAGGGGCGUGAUGGGGGAGGCGGCCGUGGCCGCAGGGCCUUGCCCGCUGCGCGAGGAUAGCUUCACGCGCUUCUCGUCGCAGAGCAACGUGUACGGGCUGGCGGGCGGCGCGGGCGGGCGCGGGGAGCUGCUGGCCGCCACCCUUAAAGGCAAGGUGCUGGGCUUCCGCUACCAGGACCUCCGACAGAAAAUCCGGCCCGUGGCCAAGGAGCUGCAGUUCAACUAUAUUCCCGUGGACGCGGAGAUUGUCUCCAUCGACACCUUCAACAAGUCGCCCCCAAAGCGGGGCCUGGUUGUGGGGAUCACGUUCAUCAAGGACUCAGGGGACAAGGGCAGCCCGUUCCUUAACAUUUACUGCGACUAUGAGCCUGGCUCUGAGUACAAUCUUGACUCCAUUGCCCAGAGCUGCCUGAACCUGGAACUCCAGUUCACUCCUUUCCAGCUGUGCCAUGCAGAGGUCCAGGUCGGGAACCAGCUGGACACAGUGUUUCUCCUGAGUGGGAAUGACCCGGCCAUUCAUCUCUACAAGGAGAACGAGGGGCUGCAUCAGUUUGAAGAGCAUCCCGUGGAAAACCUCUUCCCAGAGCUCACGAAUCUGACCAGUAGCGUCCUCUGGCUUGAUGUCCACAAUCUGCCCGGCACAUCCCGGCGACUCUCCGCUCUGGGUUGUCAGAGCGGUUAUGUCCGAGUUGCCCACGUGGACCAGCGAAGUCAAGAGGUUCUGCAGACAUGGGCGAUCCUGCAGGACGGCCCCAUCUCCCGAGUGAUCGUGUUCAGCCUCUCAGCCCCCGAGGAGACCCAGGACCGGCCGCAGCGGGAAGAGUACAGCGUGCUCGUGGCCAGCAUGUUGGAACCAGCCGUGGUGUAUCGGGACCUGCUGAGCCGGGGCCUUGAGGACCAGCUUCUCCUGCCCGGCAGUGACCAGUUUGACAGCGUCCUCUGUGGCCUGGUCACCGAUGUAGAUCUGGACGGGCGGCCCGAAGUCCUGGUGGCCACCUACGGACAGGAGCUCCUCUGUUACAAGUACUGCGGCCCGGAGUGCGGGCUCCCCGAAGCCGAGUGGGGAUUCCGCUUGCUGUGGCAGCGAGACUUCUCCAGCCCACUGCUGGCGCUGGCACACGUGGACCUGACCGGGGACGGGCUGCGGGAGCUCGCCGUGGUCUCCCUGAAGGGCGUGCACAUCCUACAGCACAGCCUGGUCCAGGCCUCGGAGCUGGUCCUGACCCGGCUUCGGCAUCAAGUGCAGCAGAGGAGACGACGUCAGUCACAGAGGCCUGGGGACGGGGUGGGUCCAGAGCCUGCUGAGACUCCAGGCUCCUGAGCUCCUACCCACUGCCCGCCCCAGACGCUGGUGUAGUUCACUGGGGCCGUCACCUCCAGCCAUUCGUGGUGGGGAAGCAUCCUGAAAGAGAGGAUGGUCUCCCCACAUCCCCCAGUGGUAGAGCUGUGGGUUCCUGCUCUGGCUGUGCCCCGUGGUGCCCUGUGAGCCCGGCUGACACACUCCUUCUCUGUGCCUCAGUGUCCCCAUUUGGAAACGGGAUGACCCCCCCCCCCAACUCCUGCCCCUCUUCUGCCCCCAAUGAGCAUUGGUCAGCCAAUGAUUAUUUAUAUGUCCGGAAGAACUAGA